AAACCAAAGUGGGGCAAUGAGACAAGCUGCGCCACAGCUGGCAAAUCAUCGAUUUGAGCAUCAGAAACGGGGAGGGGCGGUUCGUUUACCUGCCACCCUCUCAAAGCAGCCCUCCUCACAUGCCGCCACUCUCCUCUCCUCUACUUCACCUCCGAUGCCCGCAGCGCACGGUUGCUCACAUUUCUGCGCUCCAUCCGCCGUGUGCGCUCCCCCAAACUUCAACCUCCGCCAGCGCGGUUUCUUCAAGACGACUCCCCUCCCCUCCCUCUCCUCAUCCGCAGGACUUUUGACUUUUUUUAUUCAAAAAAAACCAGUUUUUCCUCCCACAGAAGCAGUUGCCUAUUUUUGGAUCUCUCGUCGUGGAGCAGUGAGAAGAGGUUGCUCAACUUUUGAUGGAAAACAAGAGGUCGGGCGACUGCUGACUUUAAAGGUGAUAGUGAGCAGAGGUGCUGAGCAUGAUGGACCAUCUCAGCGAGACGUGUUUGGGCAAGGAGAACUCUGACCUGGUCAACAGCAUGGCAGAGGCCAAGGCCCCGCCGGCCAAGCUGCCCCGGCUGGAGCAGAACGGCAGCCCCCUGGGCCGGGCCAGGCUGGGCAGCACCGGGGCAAAACUCGCCGGGGUCCCGUACAAACCCACCGGACACCUGCUGAAGACCUGCCACAAGAGAGGCAACAUGCUGCCUGUGUUCUGCGUGGUCGAGCACUACGAGAAUCCCAUGGAUUUUGACAGCAAGGAGGAGCACGCCGAGUUCGUCCUGGUGCGCAAGGACAUGCUCUUCAACCAGCUCAUCGAGAUGGCCCUGCUGUCGCUGGGCUACUCCCACAGCUCAGCGGCCCAGGCCAAAGGUAUGAUUCAGGUGGGGAAGUGGAACCCCGUCCCCCUGUCAUACGUGACAGACGCACCGGACGCUACGGUGGCUGACAUGCUGCAGGACGUCUACCACGUGGUCACGCUUAAGAUCCAGCUGCACAGAAAUCUAGCCAGUAACACCUUAAAUUGUUUCGCCGAGCACAACGAGCCAGGAAGUUGUCCUAAGCUGGAGGACCUGCCGCCCGAGCAAUGGAGCCACUCUACAGUAAGAAACGCCCUCAAGGAGUUACUCAAAGACAUGAAUCAGAGCUCUCUGGCUAAAGAAUGUCCCUUAUCACAGAGUAUGAUUUCCUCCAUUGUGAACAGCACUUACUAUGCAAAUGUGUCGGCGGCGAAGUGUCAGGAAUUUGGGCGCUGGUAUAAACAUUUCAAGAAGACAAAAGAUAUGAUGGGCAUGCGCCAACCCUCCCAGCUGGAGGGCUACCUGGGGACGUGUGUCCUCCGUGAGAGCCCGCGUGCCAAUGCACUAGCAGAGAUGGAUGGCCUGUCCGACCUCUCUCCACCCGGCUCUAAUCACAGCCACAACCACAACCACAACCACCUGGGCUUCUCCCAGCAGCAGCAGCCCAUUCCCGGCAGCACAGCAGAGCAGACCCCCUCCUCACCGGUGCCCCCGCUGCCCCACGCUCCGCCGCCACACGGCGGUCAGACCGGCGGCCGACAGCCCCAGCUCCCCGGUCUGCACCACCCGGGCCUGGUGUCCACGCCCAUCAGUCCCCAGCUGGUCAACCAGCAGCUCGUGAUGGCACAGAUCCUCAACCAGCAGUACGCAGUAAACCGGCUGCUGGCGCAGCAGUCCCUGUCGCAGCAGUACCUCAACCACCCCCCUGUCAACCGCAACUCCCACAGCAAGCCCAUGGAGCCGCAGGUGGCGUCGAACACGGAGGUGUCUGUCGAGAUUUACCAGUGGGUGAGGGACGAGCUGAAGCGGGCCGGCAUCUCGCAGGCCGUCUUCGCGCGUGUGGCCUUCAACAGAACCCAGGGCUUGCUGUCUGAGAUUCUACGCAAAGAGGAAGACCCCAAAACAGCAUCUCAGUCGCUGCUGGUCAACCUGCGUGCCAUGCAGAACUUCCUGCAGCUGCCGGAGGCCGAGCGCGACCGCAUCUAUCAGGAGGAGAGGGAGCGCAGUCUCACAGCAGCCUCGGCGAUGGGCGCCGCUCCACUCAUCAGCACUCCACCUAACCGACCUGUACAGCCCCGGAGGGAAGACUGUAACAGCGUAAGGCCCGAGGACUGGAAUCCCAGAAUCCCCGUGGGCAUUUCCCCUGUCAAACCGUCGCCUCUGCCCAGCGAGUGGAACGGCAAAACCGAGAGCUGCAUCCUCAACAUCAACUCCACCAUCUACGACGAGAUCCAGCAGGAGAUGAAGAGGGCUAAAGUUUCCCAGGCCCUGUUCGCAAAGGUGGCCGCCUCCAAGAGCCAGGGUUGGCUCUGUGAGCUGCUGCGCUGGAAGGAGGACCCGUCUCCGGAGAACCGGACGCUGUGGGAGAACCUCUCCAUGAUCCGCCGCUUCCUGAGCCUCUCUCAGGUGGAGCGCGACGCCAUCUACGAGCAGGAGAGCAGCGCCGGGCAGCAGCAGCACCACAACGAGCGGCCGACGCACCUGAUGCACAUCUCCACUGACCAGCUACAGGCUCAGCCGCCCCAGUCACAGCAGCCCUCCCUGUCCCUCCAGCACCCCUCCCAACCCCUUUUGUCCCAGCAGCCCUUGCAGCAACUGCAGCCCACCACCGGGCCCCGGUUGCCGCCUCGCCAGCCUUCCACCGCCUCUCCAGCUGAGACGGAGGAUGAGAGCAGCCGCGGAGGGAGCAUCAAGUCCCGCACCUGCGGGGGGAAGAUCUCCCUGGAGGCUCUGGGCAUCCUGCAGAGCUUCAUCCAGGACGUGGGCCUGUACCCGGACGAGGAGGCCAUCCACACCCUGUCGGCCCAGCUGGACCUGCCCAAGCUCACCAUCAUCAAGUUCUUCCAGAACCAGCGCUUCUACAUCAAUCACCCCGCCAAGGCGCCCAAGGAGCCCAGCAACAACAACAACAGCAGCGGCAGCACCGCCGCCACCACCAACACCAACACCAGCAGCAGCAGCAGCAGCAGCAGCCCGGCCUUCGAGGAGGAGCUGACGGACUUCAGGGAGAGCGGGGAGCUGCUGAAGGAGCUGGACGAGAGCACGCAGACCAACAGCACCAUCUUCUCCAUCAAGAUCGAGGAGCAGCUGGCCCGAGGCGCCGAGGCCCAGUCGGAGUCAGAGCACGAGGCCAAGGAGUAGGACUCUUCCCCCGAGAGUUUUCUUGUGCACACACGCAGACUGAUGAGUGUGCUAAAUGUAAACGCUCCGGCCGUCACAGAACCACCGCACUGCAAACACAGAAGAGUCGUGUUUUUAAUCAGCGUCUGGACUAUAUGAGGAGUGUUUAUAUAUAUCAGACUGACAGGCUAUGUGAAGUGUUCACACACUGGAAAAGCCCAUUUCAGACUACUUUUUGGAUUUUGUAAAACUUGUAUUAUUCACUGUAAAGACUGAUGCAUCAUUUAAAUAAUCUGCACAAAAAAUUAUUCUAAGUAUGUUGCCGUGGAUAUUUGCUGACUGCACUCUAUGUCUGUUGUUUUACACUGACUUACUUUAUCUUUUUUGAGCUACUGAUUAUAUUUAAAAAGAAAAAAAAAGUCCCCCUGGAGUUUGCUAGGACUUUGAUAGGUGUUUACGUAUGUGAUGUUUAACUGGAUUUUUUUUUUUUUUUAAAUAGCAAUUGAAAUCAAGGACCAAGUGGUUGACAAGGCCUUAAUUAUGAGGUAUCAAGUCUGGAGCCUGCUGGCAGAUUAGUUAUUCUUUUAAAAAGCGCAUAAUGUGAUUAUGGAUCACUCCAAACUCUGGAGCGCGAUCACCCAGCCCAGGUGAAUCUCCGAGAAUAGCUCAGUCUUUACAUAUUAUUUGUUAGGGAGGAAAUAUAAAUAUAUAUAUAUAGACAUUAUAUUGUAACUGUAAAAAAAAAAAAAAUACAGUCUUAAAGAAACUAUGCCAACAAAUGCCUUGUACUAUACGGCACUGCCGAUGUUAGAUUAUUUUGCAAAACCUUUGUCACUGUAACUCUCUGAAUUGCCACACAGUUAGAAAUGUGAAUUACACCAUGUUUAUGUUGUCCGACAUUAUUUAUUUGCAGUUCAUGCAGUGUUUCUGAUGUAAUUACUUUUUUUUAAAAGUUUAUGUUGCGUAGAGCUUUUU